GGCACCGAUAUCUGCAACCGCGUGGAAGGCCUGCUGGCUGCGGCUGAGAUCCGGCCGGCGCUUUUCUUGCCCUUAAAACCUAAGGUUGCUCUGCCCUCUUGUGUGGAGCUGCGAUCUGUAAGGUGGUGGGAGCUGCAGGCGGACUCGGAGGCCCAGGAACCAGAAAUGGACACAGUGGCCUUUGAGGAUGUUAAUGUGGAGUUCACCAUGGAGGAGUGGGCUUUCCUGGAUCCAAACCAGAAAAAACUCUACACAGAUGUGAUGCAGGAAACCUUCUGGAACCUGGCAUCAGUAGCAUGUAUUUUGGAAGAAAAAUGUGAAGACCAUGACAGUGAAGAUCAGUAUGAAAAUCAUGGGAUGAGUCUUAGGACUCAGUGGCCUUUGAGGAUGUUAAUGUGAAGUUCACCAAGGAGGAGUGGGCUUUCCUGGAUCCAACCCAG